AUGGAAGUGACAGGGCUCUUUAAAAGCCAACGUGUUGUUUUUCCAAAAAAAUCAGAUAAUUAAUUUCAAAUUACUAAGAUUGUUAAUUUAUUGAAACAAAAGGAAAUUUAAUACGUAUAUUAAUUUAGAAAAAUGAGCAGUAAUAAUAAUCCUAAAGAUAUUCUUGGUCUUACUAAGAAGAUUUACGAAGAAGUUAUUAACAGAGUAUGCUAAAAGCUGCUCGAUGACCACGAAGAAAAUGAAGGAUUGGCUGAAGAAAUUAUUGAUUAGUUAAAAUCAGUAUGGAAAAGAAAAAUAGAAGAGCGUAAAGUUUAUAUAGCCGCAGAAUAACCAAAUAACUAAGCCAAUGAGGGAACUCAGAAGAAAGAAGGAUCCACUUCAAAUUAAUCCAAAUAGAGCGGUAGUGUGCUCUAACCUAGUAGUGGAAAGAACGAACUGUCUGAUGAAAAAACUUAAGAACUUUUGCAUAACGUCUUUUAAUAGAAAAUAGUCCACAAUCACCCUAACCCUGAUAUCCAAGGCAACACCAUUAAAAAAAUAAAAACAGAAGACAACUCGAAUUAUUAGCCUCCAUAUACAGCAAGCACAAAACUAGAAGAAAUAAGCCCUAAUUUUGGUGCAUCUGACAAUCAAGAUGAAUUCGACAAUCACCGUUUACAACAUGAAAAUGCCUAGAUAACCCAUCAUAACUAAAAACCAGAGGCAAGUAUAGAAGCAGAAGAUUUUCAUAGAUAGCAUAGUCACAGAAAUAUCAAAUAAGAAGAUCAAGAAAUAGAUUUCAACAUUGCUAUUGUACUUAUAUUUAUUUAUAUUCUACAUUUAUUUUCUAUUUAUUUAAAUACAAUUAAUUUAUUUUCUUGCUUGCUUUAAAAUCGAAAUUACUCAAAAGUAAAGCACCAAACACACACAAUCAAUCACUUUCAAUCUAAAAAAAAAUCAAAUUUAAAACAAAAAAAUACACUAAAAAAGAGAGCCAACAACUAAGAAGAUGAAGACAGUGACGAUGACUAAAUCGACGAAUAAGAAGACAAAAGAAAAAAAGAAAAUAAAAACGAACUUUUCUUGCUUCAGUAGGAUGAGCAUAAAACAGAUUGCUAUAUCUGUGGAUACUACAGCGUUAUGAAAAAGAAAACAGCUAAAAAGUUUAAAAUAUCUUUCGAAAAAAUGAUACUUUCAGCCGAUGGAAAAGAUUACAUUCUUGCUGGUCUCAGUGGAGACCUUGAAUGGUGA